UCCAUAGAGUAAUUUGGUAUAUCGGAAAGUGAAUCCUCGUGGAACGUCAGAAUCUCGCAUUUCUUCUUCCACAGAUUUUCUUAAAAACUUUCAGGAAAUAGUAAUAUGUUUCUAUAGAGUAAAUAAAUAAGUAAUAAAUAUAUAAUAAAUAUAAAAUAAAUAUAUAAUGAAUAUAUAAUCCCGAUAAUAUAAAAGCACAGUUGUAAAUCUAUGACAGAAGUAGUUUAUGUUACAUAAUAAUAUACAUCAUCUGACGUACACGGUGUGAUACGAGAAAGAAUAUAUUCAAUUAUUUGCAAUGAACGGGAAACCUGAUGGAACAGAUGGUUUAUAUAAAUUGAAAAAAUGCACGUCAUACGGUGCUAUUGGAGGAGUAGUAAUUGCACUUAACGAUAUAUGUUUGCGACACAAUAUCCAGACAAUCUCUGAAUGUGCGCAUCGAAUAAUACGUUAUACUGUUCCGGGAGUUGCUGUGGGUUUUAUGUUUUGUUCAACGGUAUUCAUUUCUACCCGUCUCAGAGGAAAAGAUGAUUGUAUCAAUUAUCAACUUGGAGUACUUGCUGCAGCGCCUAUAAUACAUAGGUGGUUCAAGUUGCCUUUGCCAAUUAUGGUUCAUUUAACAUAUCCAUUUCUAGUCGCAGCAUGCAUAUAUAAAUUGGUGCCAUAUAAACCAUUACCCAAAGAUAGAGAAUAUACUUCAGAUAUAUUUCAGCACACUUGGAAAUGGCGGGGUGUAUUCAGAUAUUAGUAUGAAAACUUCAAAUAUUGCUAAAGAUUGUAUAAAUUGUAGAACCUGAAUUAAAUAUAAAAAAUAUUGUUAUUGUC